AUGGAUGCAUGUUUAAAUUGUGGGGGUACUGAAUUCCAUGCGGAAGCUGGAUUUUAUUACUGCAAUGAGUGUCACAUGCAAAAUGAGACAAAAAAAGAACAAGAUGUGGAGUUUACCCAUGACUCGAAGACGCGUCUGACCUCAACUAGGAUUCAACAGGCGAAAAAAGCUCUGGAUGAAGAGGACAGACGUUUAACUUCCUGGGAGAAGUAUAAUUUCAUUUUAAUUGGUUUGACAAAUGAAUUAAUUCAAGUGGGAGCAAAGGAAAACCUUAAAGUGGUAGUCGCACAACUAUGGUCCGCUUACUUGGCGAAACUUGAAGUUGCUUUUGUGUCUACACAUAGAGAAGCUCGUCCUAAACUUUCCAAAAAAUUCGACAAAAAAGAUGCUGAAAUUAUUUAUCAAAAAGUAUUUGAAAAAAAGAAGAAAAAAAAAAUAAAAUAUGCUGGUAGCGUAACUAGUGGUAGCAGCGCUAGUACGUCAACGUCUGUCCGACAAGUGGCUAAACGAAAGAGACUGUUAUUUGAUUCUGACUUAAAGUCUCAAGUUUCGAGCACCACAGAAGCUGAGUCUAGUGUUGCAAGCCAGUCAAGUGACGGCGAGCUUUCGGAUGGAUCUAAUUCUUCAUCUAAAAGCGGACCUAAAGGACGAGGAAGAUUACAGUUCAACGCAUUAGCAAGAGAAGAAAUAAAAUUAGUCACAGAAAAGGCUAAAAAAGUGCGAAAAAAAUUCCGAAAAAAAUUUAUAGCUACUAGUCAGUCUCUCACAUCUAGAUAUGGACCCGAUAUAAUUACUCCGAUAAAAUUAUGGGCACUUCUUUAUUUAGCUCUCAGAAUUAACAAUGAAGAUAUUCAUGUGUCUGAUAUAAUGAGAUUCAUUAGAGAUGGACAUUUAUCUUAUUAUAAAUUGGACCAUUUUAUCCCCUCGGAUAUAACCUUUACAAAAAAAGAAGCGGUUCGAAUGAACACAUUUCGGAUGCUUCAUCAUUCAAGCUUACUACCACCCAUCGAACGAUUGAAAAAAUCUUUGCGGGUUUGGAAGUUUCCGGAACCCAACUUACUGACAUUGAUAAAAAAAUACUGUACAGAAUUACAGUUACCCAACGGUGUUGUUCAGUAUGCAGAACGAAUUUUGGCAAAGUGGCCACCAGGACACAAUUUUGACAAUAAAAAGUACCAUAAAUUUCCUAACUACGAAGCCAAAGCCAUGGCAAUUGUUAUCGUUGUUAUGAAGAUGCUAGUUGCCGAGGAAAGAAGAAUACUUGACGCAAGACUCUUCAGUUUUCGCGAAUGGCAGCGUUACAUCCAGUGUCGUCGACGCACACUGAUAAAUGAGCACUUCCCGAGCAAAGUGCAGUAUGAACCAUUUUCACUAGGCAAUAGCCACCUUUGCGUAAACUUCCAUCAAUCACUCGACGAUAAAAGAGACCAGCCGACUAUUGGAGAUAUGAAGCAUAAUUACACCCCCAGAGCUUUAUUAGACUCCAUGGUUGAUAGUAUCCAUGAAAUGGCUAACAAUUUACAAGAUCCUAAACCGUCCAAAGUUUUUACUCCAUCUUUGACACCUCAGCACUCUUAUCUUCAGCAAUUACUUGAAGAUACAAAAGAUACUGAGCGAACUUUACCGAGUAUUCUUCUGCAAGAUUUUCCUAAUACAAAAAUAGGAUAUAUAAAAAAUCCUGAGUCACUCAAAGAACUUGCAGCUCAAUGUGACAUCGAACUCAAUAUCGUCUACAAUUCAGCGUCUUAUGUAAGAAAAGUUAUGCAAGUAUUUGAACCGCUUACACCUAAAAUAACUUUAAUGCAAGGAUUAAAAAAAAUUCACAAUAAUUUAACACGUGUCGAAGCUCCAACUAAUAAGACAAUUUCUCAAAUGUCAGACGACCCUUCCGAUUAUUUAUACCGCAAGCGUUCAGGUAAAAUUCUUUUAGAGACAAAAAAACAGCGACUUUUUAAUAAAAUGAUGAAAUUGUACCAAGAGCAAAGGUUAAUUUUGGAGAAACAAUUUUAUGAACAAAAUAAUCAAACUAUUCAAAAGUCUCCUGAAGAAAGUCAAAUUAUCCAGAAUGAAUUUUGCGAAAGCAAUCAAAAUAAUCAAGACAAUGAUUACUUUGGAUUCGGGCAACUGCUUCCGAAUGGAAAAUUAAAAAUUCCAGAGGGUGACUCCGAUUCUGAUGACCCUCCAGAGAAAGAAGAUAAGCUUGGUAAUAUUCUUUUGUCAAAGUUUGAAAAACAAUCUAUUGUAAAUCCAAUUUCUAAUCCUUGGGCCACUAAGAAGAGAUUUAGAAAUCCGUGGUAUGAAACGGUGAAACAUAAUAGACCCAGGCCGCAUCCUCUUGUUCCUUAUUCAAGGUGGUAUAAGCAGAAAAUAGAAGCUCUUAAUGCUGCUGAAGAAAAAACAAAAAAUACAGAGUCUGCUGUUAAAAUUAUUGAGCCGGAAUCAACAAUGUCGGAUAUUGUAGUGAUUGUUGAUGAUAAUAAUAAAAAUAAAGAAAAUGGAAUUGUAGAAGAAGAAAAUGAAGGAAGAAUUAUUUAUUUAAGUGAAGAUAAAAAAAAUGAAGCUUCAAUUGAAAAUAUAGAUUUAAAUCAAGUUCCAAUUUUAAUUUUAGAUGAUAUUAUUGAAGUUGAAACAAUUGAAAAUAAAAAUACUGAAAUUGAAAUAAUUAAAAAUAAAAAUAAUGGAAUUGAAAUAAUUGAUAAUAAAAAUAAUAAAAUUGAAAAUAAAAAUACAAAUGAAGUUUUAGUGGAGAUUUUAGAAGAAAAUGAAGAAAAUGGAGUUUCUGAAAAUGAAAUGCAAAUUGAUUUUGAAGCUAUUGAACAUAAAAUAGAAAUUGAUAUUAAAAAUGUUCCAAUUAUUGAAAUGAACGAACCAGAAGCUGUUGAGCUUAGUGACGAUUUUGAUGAUAUAAUAAUUAAUGAUGAUGAUGAAUCUGCUAAAGAAACUGAUGAUAAUCCGGCACCAGAAAAAGAUAAAGAUAAAGAAGUUAUUAUUAACGAUGAUUCUUCUGAUGACGAAGUAUCAAUUUUAACUGAGCGUAUUGACUCACGUCCUGACGCUAAUCAAAAAGAUUCAUUGCCUGAGAAAGAACUGCUGACUUUAUUUAUUCCUUACAAACAGUAUUGGCUAUUGAGAAUCUCCGGAUUUCAUGAAACCAUGCUCAAGCAUUUCAGGUUACUAGAACGCGAGUUUCCAGCUAAUUUCCGAUGGCUUUUUCGCGAAUGCGUCAAUAUUAUCGAAGUUAAUCCUCAAGUUCUGUACAAAGAAAUUUGCUUGGUGGAGAGUUACUAUACUGAUGUUCUUGCUCCUGAUGAACAUAUGGAAAAGUGCGAAGAAUAUAAUACUAAGUGGUUUCGGUCUAAAUGCAAUAGGACGCAUAUUACAAGAAGAUGGACUACUGGGACGGAUAAAUAA